CAGAAGCCUUGCAGCUGUGUCAUACAAGAAAAUGGAGUUUAAAACCCCAAUAUGUUAAUAGAAGCAAGGUUAGCCAAAGAGAUUUUGAGAAGUUGCUCUUCUAAUGCAUUUAAAAUGAGAUUUAGAAGAUGCUUUCUGUGUCAGUUGGCAUAAACAUGGGGGAAGUUUUAUGCAUUUUUAAUCAAGCCAGAUUAAACAGAAUAUAAGGAGGGGGUUUUUAAAAGGAUUCCACAGUAGAUUUUGAAAGUAAACUGUGGAAUUAAAGAAGGGUGGGGGUUGAGGGCUUUUAUUCCUUACCUCUUGGCCUUGAACAUUUUGCCUCCUCAUUGUUUGCCUUGAAAUGUGCUUUCAUUUUGGAAUUCUGCUAAAUUGGGUUUCUUUUCAAAAGCACCUGUUGAAGGGGAAAAAAAAGUGUCGAAGUAGUUGAAGGCAGCUGAAAAGGGGUGAAGCCAUUAUGAGUUACCAGAAUGCGCUUGAGUUGAACAAGGGGCCACAGCCUGGGUCAAAGAGCCCUGGGAGGGCAGGAGGUACCACCACAGAUAAAGAACACUGUCCAGCCCUGCUUGAAAACCAACUCAGUGUGGGCGACUUUUGCAAAAUACAGAAUGCCUUUGAGCCCUCAGAGCCAUGUCAAACCAUUUGCAUGUCCAGAGAAGAGUUUAUGCAAAGGAUGACAGAGAUUGUUGGUUGGGGCACAAAGGAAGAAUAUGGGGAGCUCUUUGACAAAGUGGAUGUAGCCCAAGAUGGCUUCAUUAAUUGGGACAAGCUGACUUCAUUUAUGCUGUUAGCACUUUAUGAGAAAGACGAACGAGCAAAGGCAACUGUGGUUCCCCAAUGGAAAGACCUUGAAUUCCUCCCAGUGAAGCACAAGGACACCAUUCAAAAAGUAAUUUUCUUAAAAAGUUCAAGUCGUUAUCUUACCAUCAGUAAGGAAGGCUUAUUAGGAAUCUGGGGAGAGAAUUUAAAGCUGCAAGAAACAUUUCCCAUCACUUCAGAUACCACCAAGCUUAAACACCUGUGGGUGACAAGUCUGGUUUCUCUGGAAAAUGUAAACAAGAUAGCAGUGGCUUUUACGAGCAAAGAGAUUUGUUUCUAUGAUCUGUUGUCCAAAGGAGAAUUUCCUUGUCAAUAUAAACUCCAAGGCCUGAAAGGAACGCCAAUUUGUAUGGAAUAUUGGUAUGACCCCCUUGAUGCCAACGAAUCAGUUCUUUCUUUUGGGGACAUAACUGGAAAGGUUCAAGCAAUUGCUUUCACGGCGGCCUUGAUAUCCCUGUUUGAGCGUCCUGCUGGUGCACAUGAAGAUGAAGAAGCCACAGUGACCAUCAGCUGGGCAGAACUGCUCUCUGGAUAUCACAAAUGUUGCUACACAUUAGAGCAUAAUCUUCAUCAUGGAGACUGGGUCAGGCAAGUUACUUACAAUGCAUCUUUAGAUGCUAUCAUUUCCAGUACAACCAGCAAUACAAACACUGUGGUGCUGGCUUGGAGAGAGAAAUCAAGAAAGCAUCUUAAAAUGACAUCCUUCAACGUUGCUGAGGGCAUUCAUGCUUUUGAUUACCACUCUCAGCUCAAUUUAAUUGCAACUGCUGGCAUCAACAAUAAAGUUUGCCUUUGGAACCCUUAUGUUGUCUCCAAGCCAGUUGGUGUCCUUUGGGGUCACUCAGCCAGUGUAAUAGCUGUCCAAUUCUUUGCUGCAAGAAAACAGCUUUUCAGCUUCUCCAAAGAUAAAGUUUUGAGACUCUGGGAUAUUCAGCACCAGCUGUCCAUCCAGAGGAUAGCUUGUUCUUUUCCCAAAAGUCAGGACCUCAGAUGUCUCUUCCACUUUGAUGAAGCCCAUGGACGACUUUUCAUCUCAUUUAAUAACCAGCUCGCAUUAUUGGCAAUGAAAAGUGAGGCCAGCACAAGGGUGAAGAGCCACAAGACAGCAGUCACUUGUGUUCUUUACAAUUCGGUCUUGAAGCAGGUAAUCAGCUCAGACGUGGGGUCUACUGUUUCCUUCUGGAGGAUAGACACUGGGCAGAAAAUCAAACAGUUUACUGGUUGCCAUGGCAACGCAGAAAUCAGCACUAUGGCCCUUGAUGCAAAUGAGACACGGCUUUUGACUGGCAGCACAGAUGGGACCAUAAAGGUAUGGGACUUCAGUGGAUACUGUCACCACACACUAAAUGUUGGGAGAGAAGGCGCUGUGGAUAUUUCACAGAUCCUGGUUCUUAAGAAGACGAUACUGGUUACAGGCUGGGAGAGGGCUAUUACGGUGUUUCGACUACAAAACUUCAAUCACUUCUUCAUCCAGCCUGAAAAAUGGAAAGGAGGAAUAGAGCACCGCGGUGAUAUCUUGUGCGCUGCAUUUUUACCUCCACAAACUCUUGUUACAGGGAGUUACGAUGGAGAAAUCGUUCUGUGGAAUAACAGCACAGAAAAGGCUCACUACGUCCUCCACCCUGAUUAUCAGAGGCUGCUAAAAUCAAAAUCGGAUACAGAGCCUCAAAAGCUUUUGGGCGCUGGGAGGAGCCGCUCCCCCCGCCCCGGCCCAAACCAGGCUGCCCUGGGAGCCCACUCCUUGGAGACCCACACUGAGGGCAAUGAUGCUGUUGUGGGGCUCCACUUCCUGGAGGCAAGAAAAACCACCGCAAAGACAGGAGGAGCUAACCUGGUGUCAUGUGGAGGAUCUGGGUAUGUCAGAUUUUGGGAUACACGUAAGAAGCAACUUCUGGCUGAGUUUUUGGCUCAUGGUGGAGUUGGAUCCAUUAUUAUGUCUACUGAUAAGUCAAACCAAUACCUUGCCACAGGAGAUCUGGAUGGACGAUUGAAAAUCUGGGAUAUAGAAGAGUACUGUCUUAAUUCCAGUAAGAGCAAAAUCACACAGGCCCCAACUCUGAUACGAUCGUUCCGACCUCAUGAAGACCAGAUAAGUUCCUUAGAGAUGUGUAAGCUGGGUGGCCACUUACUGAUUAUCUCCUCAUCGGCAGACUGCAGCAUUUGUGUGACUGAUGUCUGUGGUGCUUCUGUCUGGAUCUUCGGUCAGGCAAAGCAUUGGCAAACUGAAAACUGGUUUUCCCUUCCUAAAAGAGAUACUAACUUAAUGAAAAGUGACAUUCAAGAAGAAAGCAUAAGGGAAAUUCCUUUACUUUCUAAGAAGGAAUCAUGGUUAGACCUACCAGAACAUUCUCUACUUGAUAAGAAAAACAAAGAUGAUACCACAUUCAAUGUCAGACCAUCAGAAGUCAUAAAUUUAGGUAUAAAAUAUAAGGAAAGAAAUAUCUUUAGGAAAAAAACACAUAACCUUUACAAUGGUAAAGUUAUGCAAAAAUCACCAGCCUCCCCUAAAACCUACUGUUACGAAGGUACAUUUAGGUCAUUAAGCAUCGGAGCCCUGAAAGAGUUGCCUGAAGUGAAGAAACCAGCUUUUCUUCUGGACCCAGAGACAUACUUUAGGGAAAAGCCAGAGGAGGAGUGUUCCCAAAUUCCAGAGCUUCCAUUGCUCUCUGAAACUUUGAAAGCUGUAUUUGAUGAGAAAAACCUGUUCCCCAAAGAAAUUCUGGAUCGGGAACGAAGAGCCAAGCAAUUAUGUCAAGAAACAAGUAGUGAAGUGAAGAUAAAAAGAAAUAAGAAGCAAUUAUAAUUGAAAGAGAAAUAAAUAUUUCAUUGUCGCAUGAAGUAUGAAUAUAGAAGGCAGAUAAGAAAUCAAGAAUUCUGCACCUUUUACUUUAUAUUUAAACUUCAGGAAGUUUUGUUUUCAGACAAUGUCUUAGUGUUGCUUUUAUCCAUCACCUUUCACUUUCUGUGUAUUCUUAAUAAAAAAUAGAUUGGACUAAAGAGGGGGCAAUAACAACUGGCAUCGUUUAUUCCCAAGAGGUUUUAUGUAAAAAUGUACAUUUUCAGAACAAUGUAUUCUAACCAGUUGCACUUCUGGUUGCUUUGAUAGACAAAUAUUUUUGAUCAAUUUUUAUUGUAAAAGCUGCCUUGAAGUUAAAUAUGAAAAACACUAACACGGUGACUAUCUACAGACUUAACUGAGAGAGCCAUUUCCAUAUAUUUACACAUUUUCUAGUUUCUUGUAAUUUUUUUUAAAGAUUUUAUUUAUUAGAGCAUGAGCAUGGGAUGGGGGAGAGGCAGAGGCAGAGGAAGAAGCAGAUUCCCCACUGAGCAGGGAGCCCAACGCGGGACUUGAUCCCAGGACCCUGGGAUCAUGACCUGAGCCGAAGGCAGAUGCGUAACCGACUGAGCCACCCAGGUGCCCCUCUAGUUUCUUUUAAAUGAUUCUGAUAAUGCAGUUAGACCUUGUCAGCAGCAGCUGUUCCUAUUUAUUUUCGCAGACUUAACAUCUAUUCUUACAUGUACUUACUGAGAAAUUACUGCAUAUGUUCUACUCCUAUGUUUUGUUUUACCAUAUUCUUGAGUGGCAUAGCACAACCAAAGAGGUAAUAUGCUUGGAAAUAAAAAAAAAAAAAUCAAAGAGACUGAGACUAUAUAUAGGACACGUUCUAUGUAGAAGCUCAAGUAGGAAAUGUUUGGUUCUGAAACACAAUGCCUCACUUUUUUGAUCCAUUUUUCUUUAUAAAUAUCAUUAUCUACCAGGUAACCAGUAUUCUUAUGGUGCUUUAUUUGUUGUGUUCUGUAAGAGUAAUUAAUAAAUUCGUUCAUAUAACUUUAAUUAUCUACUACACAUUUGCAUUUUAAAGAGUUCUCGCAAAAAUAUUGGUAUUUUAAGAAGAAUUUUGCCAUAACACACACAAGUAAAGGAAAUAACAAUAUAUAGGAACCUACUCUGUUCAGUAACUUCAAAACUUC